ACUUAAAUACCUAUAUAAAAACACGAUGAAGUCAGAGUAUUGAUAACAUUCUUUAACCUGUAGAGUGCAAUAUAUUAAUAUACAUUCUGUCGUAGUAGUUGUUUAUCAUCGGACAUAGUUUGACACUUUAUAUACAGAGACAUUAAAUAACUGUUAAUAUGAAUUUAUUCUUCUAUAUCGUUUUACUCACUUUGGAUCAAACACUGGGUAAUAGAAACUGUGAAAAUGCCUCCUUCAAGAACUCUGAGAUAGAAACACUUGCUAUAAAUUUUACCAUGCCUUAUCAAUUGGGAGUCGAUCCUAAUACCAACACAUUGUUCUUCAGUUAUUCAUUGCAAAACUCAGAAGAAUCUUUUAAAAUCGUGUACCUUGAUCUCAACAAUCAGAAACGCGGAGAAGUUACAGGAAUUUCAGGAGGUUUUGCCCAAACAGUAGAUGUUAAAAACCAUGUUGUUUACUUGGGAGGUAGCGACGGAAUAUAUCAAUUCAACUAUGAGACAAAAUCAGCAAAUCGCUUAAAUAUCACAAAAAAUAGUAUCUGGCAAAUGUUCUUCAAAGAUUAUCUUUAUUAUACAAUAUCACUAAAGGAAGAAGCGUAUGUAUAUAAAGAUGGAGUCGCAGCAAAAGUUAAGCAGUUGGAGAAUACUAGAGCUUCAUUAAUAGCCGUAGACAAUAAUCACAAUAUUUAUUUCGCUAAUUCUUCAGGUCUUUAUGUUAGUGAUAAUGAUAAUUCAAUUAAGCAUAUUGGAGACUAUAUCAUUAACGGAUUUACUUCUGAUAUAAAUGGUAAUAUAUUUUUUUCCACACUAGACAAAAUUUAUUCCAUAAUAUCAGGAACUUCUGUAAAGCAGAUCAUUGAAUUAAAUGAUAUUCAUGGAUUGGCUAUUGACGCGAAGGGAAAUUAUAUAUACUCAACAUAUAAUACUGUGAAACGAUUAAAACUUGAUGUAACAAAUUGUUCUUGAUUAUUUGAAAAAUUGUCUUUGAAAAUGAUUUAUUGCUAUCAGCAUAAAACUGCGUAUUUUUAA